AUGAUUACUUUUUUGCACCCGCAUCUUGGAUUGCAGUUUUUAGAGCGGGUGAGUGUGCGUGUGUGUGCACAGGGCCGCCGGAUGUCGCUCAAGGCGAAGAUUGACGUGUUCCCCUUCGAGGCCUACCUGCUGCAAGAUCCCUCUGUUAUGAGUGUCAUGCAGGCGGUGGUGCGGGGCACCAGUGCGAACACCAGCGCUAAUAAUAGUACUAGCAUGAACGACGGCAGUGGCGCCGGUGGUGGCGCGGCGAAUAAACGUCGUGACACUAGCGGCAAUGCUCCUCAACCCGUGGAGCGGCGAAUAAAGGCGCCGCUCGAAAAACUCAUGAGCCUCAAGGCGCGCUGUCGCGAGGAGCAGUGCGUGCACUCGGUGGAGGGUGUUCUUCUUGUGCACGUCCACCACCACCCCCACAUCCUGCUGCUGCGCCACAGCAACACAAAGUCGUCAACGCAGUCACGCGUGUUGCCGGCGUCGAACACAAACAACUUGGCGGUGUUUUGCUUGCCUGGUGGUCGCUGCAGGAAAGGUGAACCAGAGGAGGUGUGCCUGCUGCGGAAACUUGCUCGGGACUUGCUGAAUGAGAAGGAUAGUUCGACGGUGUCACGGGCAGCGGAGAACGAGCAGUCGGAGACGGUGGUUGAGGUUGGAGCCCCGCACAAUGUGGUCGCCUCCGCGUCCUCCUUUCGCGUCGGCGAAGCACUUGCUCGGUGGUACAGGCCGCACUUUGACCCCUUCAUGUACCCGUACGUCCCGGCGCAUGUGGCAGAGAGCGAUGUAAAAGAGGUGCGAACCGUGUUUCUCGUGCACCUUCCACCGCAGAUGCUGCUAACGGUGGCGCAGCGUGACGUGGAGCUGGUUGCCGCGCCUCUGUUUGACCUGUACGAAAACGCCGCGAAGUAUGGCCCGCUCAUCGCCUCCAUCCCAACACUUUUGUCGCGUGUAAACAUCAAUUACUGCAAGUAG